AACAACAAGCCCGUUUCGCCAAUAGGAAGUAACUACAGUAGAGCUUCGUGUUCAAAACACUGUCAACGGAUCAACAACAAAAACAAGCAGAGCGAUUUGCUGAACCUUUGUCAUUGGCAGGGUGCUGUGGGACACCCCCCGGCCUGGAGGCUGGAUUCCUGGAUGCUGUACGUCCAUAGCCAUCGGUGGACUGGGAUCAAAACCAGACUGGAGGCCCACCAUUAAUGUGCUCCUGUUUGACCUCCAGAUCAAAAUCUGAAGGUUUGAGAGUGGCCGGAGAGGUGAGAUGGAGUCAGAGGAGACAGAAGGACGCACUUUAGUGCAGGUGAUCAGUGAGAAGUACAGCCCAGACAACUUCCCAUACUGCCGUGGGCCAGGAGUUGGAGUGGUGAUUCGGUCGAGCCCCCAGGGUUCACCUGUCAAAGAUCGUCUGAAUCUGCCGAGCAUCUUGGUUCUGGAUGGUUGUGGAAUCACAGAGGCUGGAGAUGAGGAGGAAGUGGCCACUUUCUGUGCUCAUGUGGUUGAGCUAGACCUUUCUCACAAUCAGCUAAAAGACUGGGGAGAGAUAAGCAAGAUCCUAUCUAACAUCCCUAACCUUGACUUUCUUAAUCUGAGUAUGAAUCCUCUGCAAGGGUCGAGUCUGGAGCCUUGUCUUGCUGAAGCGUUUUCAGGCCUGCGACGCCUCGUACUCAACAACACGCAUGUCACCUGGGACAUGGUGCACACACUUACACGAGAGAUACCAGAUCUGGAGGAGUUGUUUCUGUGUCUGAACGAGUAUGAGAGCGUGAACGCCUCUUCUAUGCCCUGCCCGUCGCUGCGUCUGCUGCAUAUCACAGAUAACCAGCUGCAGAAUUGGGUGGAGGUGCGCAAGCUGGGCCUCAUGUAUCCAGGUCUGGUGUCUCUUAUCCUGUCAAACAACUCGCUCUCGUCUAUCCACGAACCUGAGGACUCGCUGCAUAGACUCUUCCCCAACCUUCGCAGCAUCAACCUACACAACUCAGGUCUUAGUCGCUGGGAGGACAUAGAGAAACUGAAUUUCUUUCCAAAGCUUCAAGAGGUCAGAGUGUUGGGUAUUCCUUUACUGCAGCCCUACACUGAUCAGGAGAGACGCUGUCUUAUGGUAGCACAGUUGCCUCAUGUGACUGUAUUAAAUGGCAGUGUUGUUACUGAUGGAGAACGAGAGGAUGCGGAACGUUUUUUCAUCCGCUACCAUUUGGACUGCCCUGAAGAUGAGCUACCACAGAGGUACCACACUUUGGUAGCACGCUAUGGCCGCCUAGCCCCACUCGCGGAGGUGGAUUUGCGCCCUCCCAGCCAUGUCCAGGUACAGGUACGCUUUGGGGACCAGACAGAGGCUCUAGAGCUCAGAUUGGAUCAAACAGUGGCAGAUCUAAAGAAGCAGUUGAGAACCGUGGUCCAGCUACCUCCAAACAAGAUACGCGUAUACUAUAUCGACCGGCAGCUGGGAUACGCACUAGAGCCUCAAGAGAUGAAAUAUGGAGCUCGAGCACUUCAUUCCUACAGUAUACGAGACGGAGAUGAGAUCAUGGUGGUGUCCAAAACACAAUGACACAGCAACAAAUGGCCAACGUAUGGUAAAGAAUUAUUUACUGAGAUGUUUCCUGAGGUAUUGCAAUACUGAAGGGAACAUGAAGACUGUGAACUGUGCACAAGUCAGCUUGCCUUAUGUUUGAGAAAAAAACAUCAUUCUUGUUUCUCAGCAUAUUCAGUCUUAUUUUAAAAAUGGUCCCUAAAAGGAGACUAGAAUUAAAAGCCCUUUUAACUUUUAUUGCUCCAAGGACGUAUGUAUGCGGAAAAAAAAAAUGUGUGGAUGUCAUUUUUUUCAUUUUAUGUUUGACAUUAUUCUCAGGAAUUACUCACAACCCCAAAUAUGCCUCUACUCUAAAAUUAUUUCAGCUUUUAUAAAAGGUGCAGUACAGAAUAUUGGGUACAAGUUUGAUACAGCAUGUUACUUAAAGGUGCAGUAUGUAAGUUUGACACCCAGUGGUUGAACUAGGUAUUGCACGCCGGGAUCAAAACACGCAAGCGCAGGUUGCCAGAUUGACGACAUCAACAGCAGUGUGCAUGACUAUCGAGGCUAAAGACUGAUUUAAACCGUGUUCUAAAUAAAAGCAACUGUGCACAAAUAAGGGAAUAUUUUCCAUAUUAAAAGAAGUUUUUGUUCUAAACAAUACCUGAAAUUUAUAUUUUAGAAAUUGCUUCAAUUUGUAGCUGAACAACAGGAUAAAUUGACAAUGAUCAGGUACACCUCAUGUGCUUUAUUCAGUGUUAAAUGCUAAUAAUGCAAGUUUGAAUGCCAUUUACAUGACAUUUAUUGCUAUACUACUGAAAGCAGCAGCAGAUAGUUCACCUCAGAUCUUGAAAAUAAAAUAAAUUUGAAAUUGAACUUCAGAACUGCGACUCAGUGCAAGCCAACACAUAUCAGUGAUACAGCAUCUACAUUUAAUAAUGCUAAAUAUGUUUAAUAUGUAUUAAUUAGAUUAUAAACCUUACUAUUUCGUUGGAGUGCAGUAAGUGCACUAUUCUGUGCUUCUGAAUGGCUGUAUUUAAAUUUCUGUUGUGUUUCGUUUGGUGCAAAGAGCCAAAUUGCUAACCACUGCGUAUCUAGUCACGUAGCAUGUUGGUAGGACACAGGAUUACAAUAUAAUCUGCUCACCUAAUGUUUACGUUUUUAAUAUUCAUAUUAUUUGCUCAUUAAUAACCUCAUGUGGAACUCUGAAUCUGCAUCUCAUUUCGCAGUCUGCUAUUGUCCACCUGAGGUCACAUUUCGGUCUCGAACACACACUUUGAAAACCUUUCUGACUGAAUGAAUUAAAUUUUCCAAUAAGGCAUUCCGGGGUGUUGAAAUAUAAUUGGCUAAAGUGCAUGGGUUAAAUGAUCAAAACAAAGGCAGCCAAAGCACGUCACGCACAUUUUCAAAGCAGAAUAAGUUUAGUUUUUUAGAUAAACAAUGUUCAUUAAGCAUGUUUCCUAAAUAUCUGCAAACAUAUGAUGGUAUUUGUAUGCUUUAGAAGAGUGAAAAACUUACAUACAGCACCUUUAAAAGUAGCAUUUUGGUAAUUGGCUUGAGGUGGGCUUUGGCUGUUCAGUGUUGAUGAAUAUGAUUGUUUGAGGCACACCGGUGUACCUGUGAUUACAGGAAAUCAUAAUAUACGAGCAGAAGUCAAUUUUUGUACAGUGUCAAACAUCAUCUACUGUUCUUCUAACUCACUCUGACAGAAAAGUAAAGCUGACACUGGACAUAACAAAUGCUAUAUCGCUUGCCCACCAAAGAAGAAAAAAACACCUAUGCAUCUGCUUUAAAUCUUUUGAAAUUUUAUAGCUGUUGCCAUUUUUGAAAAGUUGUUGAUGCAAAUUGUAUUACGGGCUCUGUCACUUUCCUUUUUUCAUUGUAAUCUCUUCUCUGAUUGAGGUUUGUUUCUUUUAACAAUGGAUCAUUACUUGGAUGGUUUAAUUUAUGUUUAAUUAGGGAUGGGUGAUUAAUUGAAAUGUAAUUACAAAUAUGACAGCAUAGAUGUGAUUUGUCAUGCACAUCUUUUUAGGGAACAAACAGCUGUGUGAAUAUCCUCCCCUAAGCCAGAGGGCGCUUUUGUGAAACUCCAAACACCCACAAAGAAGAAACCCAGGAAAUCUCCUUAGCGUUGCAAUAUAAAUGAAAGAUUUAACCGUUUGCAUUGAUUCAGCGUGACUUAUAACCACAUGAAAAAUAUUUCAUGGAAAGAUACAUUUCAAACAUGUGACUGAAGUUAUGAGUUUGGAGUAAAAACGUGGUAUUUUUACAUGCUGCAAUUACUACACAGAGCUGUAGUUCACUGAUAAGCGACACAAGCAGCUGCCAAUAGCUAUGUUUCUAUCUAAAGUUAAAAUAUGAGCAAAUUAAAUCACCAUUUCCAUCUGAUGAGUCAAAGAAAACAAAAUCAUCAUUUCCCGAUAAACUGGCAGCAAAUAUUUAAAAUAAGAAUGGAGUUUGCUGCGGUAGAAGCCCCUGUGGGCAUUUCAUAUAUAAUACAUUUAAUUGCAUCUCAGAAGAUGAAACACAAUGAACACCCGGUGGCUUUUAGAGGUGUGAGAUGCUCUUUGUGAGUGUAGACGCUUAAGACAGUUCUGGAGGUAAUAAUACUUUAGCUAAGACAUAUUAAAAUGACCAAAACAAUAUUUUAAAUGUUUUGCUAUGUGGUCGGUCGCUGUUUUGUUCGUUAAUGCCAUCCAUCGCAUCUAGUUUUGUUAUCAUCUGAUUCAUGUGACUUUUUUAUGUGCAUGCCAUGAUUUAUUUAGUAAAUGUGUUUCCAUGGUAAUUUAUGCACAUUUCUCUUAUUAAAUAAAAAGCCUAUUCUACU